AUGGAACAUUUGGUUUUUUUACUUACUUCAUGGCUUUUUAGCACAUGUGCAGCUUACGAGAUUCACACACAUAUGAGUUUAGAAGAAAUAAGGAAUACAUUCAGGGUUGAUUCACAUGAAUUCGUACCAGAAUACGACUUAGUUCCUGUGCAACACGUGAAAAAAAGAAGCAUACCAGGCGAUAUAGAAAAUUUCAUAGAAGAUGACGAUUUAGAUCCCAAAACCAGUAGGCCCUUCGACAACAGAGAACUGAAUCCGCGUACGACAAACCUGAAACUGAAAGCUUUCGGAACACCUUUCAACCUAAGCCUGGUGCCCACUGAAGGACUAUUCAAGAGAGGAAAGUUGAAAAUUUGGACUAUCGAGCCGAAUGCAACUGCCCAACAUGGUAUCGAAUAUGUCGAAUUGCCAGAAACCAACGAUGAUAUAGGAGAAUUAUAUCAAGAUGAAGAAAACCAGGCAGCCAUUCUAAUGAGAUCGGAUGGUGAUGGUUUGAUACUGGAAGGAAGCAUUGGAUCUCAUCUAGUCAUACGGCCGCUGCCCUCCCGCUUGAGGGGAUCCGUCAUACCGUCGAAAAACAAAAACGAUUCCGAUCUCGAAACGAUCAACGAUGACGAGAUGUUCCUGGAUCAGGACGGAGAAUUGAGCGCAGAAGUGGCAAUCGAUACAGGUUUGCCGAUAAACCGGAAGAAAAAUGUGCAUCACCAUAUUGUGUUCAAGAGGAAACAGGAGGAAGACGUCACUAUGAGCGAUUAUGCUUUCAUGGAACCAGAUCACUUAGCGAAAAGAUAUAAAAGAAGUGCACAAGCCUUAGAAAAGUCACGGAACAAACGAGAAGCUCCAUACACAAUUUAUCCGGAAAUUUUGGUUAUUGUCGAUUAUGAUGGAUACCGAUUACAUGGUGGUGACAACAUCCAAAUAAAGAGAUAUUUUGUAUCUUUCUGGAACGGAGUUGAUCUAAGGUAUAAACUACUGAAAGGACCCAAGAUCAGGAUAUCGAUUGCUGGUAUUAUCAUUAGUAGAGGUAGGGAUGCAACUCCAUAUUUAGAGAGGAACAGAGUUGGAAGAGAUGCAAUAGAUUCCGCAGCAGCUUUGACUGAUAUGGGAAAAUAUUUGUUUAGAGAACGAAGACUACCAGUGUACGACAUUGCCGUAGCGAUAACAAAACUAGACAUGUGCAGGAGAUCAUACCCCAAUGAUGUUUGCAAUCGCGGCACUGCAGGAUUCGCCUAUGUGGGAGGAGCUUGUGUGGUCAACAAACGACUGGAAAAGGUCAAUUCCGUGGCGAUCAUUGAAGACACCGGAGGAUUCAGUGGUAUAAUCGUAGCUGCCCAUGAAGUUGGCCAUUUGUUAGGUGCUGUUCACGACGGUAGCCCCCCACCAUCAUAUCUGGGAGGCCCAGGGGCAGAAAAAUGCCAAUGGACUGACGGUUUCAUCAUGUCUGAUCUCAGACAUACAGAAAGGGGAUUCAGGUGGUCUUCUUGCAGUGUGUCCAGUUUCCACCAUUUUUUGAAUGGAGAUACUGCGACAUGUCUUUACAAUGCCCCACAUGAAGAUGAAAACUUACCAAGAGUUUUACCAGGAAAACUGUUGACUCUAGAUGCUCAGUGUAGAAAAGAUAGAGGAACAAGUGCUUGUUUUAAAGACGACAGAGUAUGUGCACAGCUGUUUUGUUUCGAUGCAGGCAGUGGCUACUGUGUAGCUUAUAGGCCUGCUGCAGAAGGUUCACCUUGUGGAGAUGGUCAAUACUGUCUGAACGGGAGAUGUGUAGCGGAACAUGAAAACAUUAUUCCAGAUUAUUCCCAAAAUGCACCUUCGUAUGUAAGAGGAAAUGGAAAUCCAAGACCAUUUUUGCAGGAAAAAGAAGAAGACGUCCUAAACCAGAAGCAACGGAGUAUCUAUGGUUACAAAGACAAUAAUGCAAUCUUGAAUAAUUACCAAAAUAAGCUUUAUGAAACUCAAUACCAAACGUUUCUGAGUGAUAAUAACCAAAUCCAAGACAGUCCCUAUGAAACUAAUCAAGUUCAAAACGAGAAUGUUAACUAUGAUUCCAUUUCUACCCAACCAACUCCAUAUUCCACAAAAUCAAAUAAAAAUGUUCCUUACAUAUCUGGAGCAAAAUCUCCUUACAAUUUCCUCAACUUUGGGACAGAUGCCAAAUCAAGCAGUGCUAGUCCCAAAUAUCAAUCAACUCCUCCCAAUAACUACCCAACAGUUUCUAGUAAUCCCUUCAUAAGCAACUACUUCAUUUUAAGAAGGCAAACAACAAAGAGUCCAUAUGACUUUGGAGAUUUUGGAAAAUCAACACAAAAUCCAUAUGAGACAAACCAUCAGAGUAUGCAUAAUUAUUUCAAAAGAUCAUAUGGUACUAGUAAUCAGCAGUAA